CAUGACCCUCUACACCACCGAAGAGCGCACCAACGCCAACCCUCCUCCCGCCACCGAGUCCGCCACCAUGACUGCCGAAGCAACCCCCUCGGCCGACAACCGCCCCGUCGUCUGCGUCUUCUGCGGCGCCUCCAGCGGCACCUCGCCCGCUCAUCUCGCCGCCGCGCGCGCCCUCGCCCACGUCAUGCACGCCAACAACAUGAAGCUGGUGUACGGUGGCGGCACUGUCGGCCUGAUGGGCGAGGUGGCGCGCACGCUGGUGUCUCUGUCAGGGCCGUCUGCCGUGCACGGCAUCAUUCCCGCCGCGCUCGUCAAGCUCGAGCAAAACUACGAGGAAGCCGCGCUCCAGGAAGCCAAGAGCGGGCUGCCGCCCAGCGCGUCUGGCCCGCGCAACGUCAUCAACGAGGAGAUAUACGGCCGCACCACCGUCGUCAACGACAUGCACACGCGCAAGCAGAUGAUGGCCCAGGAGGUCAUUGCCGGCGGGCCUGGCGGCGGCUUCGUCGCCCUCAGCGGCGGCUACGGCACCCUCGAGGAGCUCAUGGAGGUCACCACCUGGAACCAGCUGGGCAUCCACAACCGCGGCAUCGUCAUCUACAACAUCGAGGGCUACUGGGACGGCCUGAUCCAGUGGAUCCAGAAGGCCAUUACCAGCGGCUUCAUCGCGCCCACCAACGCCGGCAUUCUCGUCGAAGCGCUCAACGCCAACGAGGUCAUUGACUGCUUGCGGGAGUACAAGGUCGCACCAGGCCGCUUCAACCUCAACUGGAACGAGAACUGAGCAACAGAACCAACAACAAGGUCAGAGGCCGCUACUUUCUGAAAUAGUGGAGGAGCAAUCUGGGGCACAUUUUGCGUAUAUUGCGGGCCCCCAAAGUUCUCACAUCUGCUGCAUCCGCAUCUGCAUUCGCAUACUCUACCCAUCAUCCCAAGCCACAACCAGGAGCAACACAGGCGCGAAGGGGACACAAAAAGGGCGCGCUAGGAAGGAGUACGGCACUUCACAGUUGGAUAGACCAGGGGCAUCAAGGGCGUUCGCGGGUCGGAGAUACCCCCUUUCCUUCACACGAGUCUAGGUACCUACGAUUUUAGCAUCAGCCAGCCAGCCAGAGGGAAUAUAGAUAGAUGCGAG